AUGUCUCAUCUACUACAAGGCAAUGGAAAAGGCAAAGGCCGCGAUUCUCAAUCAAAUAUAUUCCUUCAGACAUCACCUGCAGCAGCAAAUGCAUCACCGUCAAUAUCUGGAGGCGGUGGUCCGCUGGGAUCCUCAGUCGGGAUGAGCCCUCCUACCGGCCGCAAUAACACUCACCGUGUACCGGAGCCGACAUCUCCAGGCUUCGAAGAGAACCGUCGUGGUCAAUUCGGCGGCCUGGGCAACAUACCACUUCCCCUCAAGAUGAGGCAGGAGUCGACUCGCGCGACCGAUAGGACGGACGCGCUGUGGGCCGAGAUGCAGGCCACGCUCGAGGAGGUUGAGCUGUCGGCCAGUGGAGGCACUCGCGUCUUCGGCCCGGAUCACGACCGCAAGCUGGCCGAACUUCGUGCUGCGCAGAUCGCUCUGGCUCAGGCUUGGGCGCGGUCAGAGGCGGAUGAGGCAAUCGAGGACAAUUUGCACCAGCGCCAGCAGCGUGGAGGGGGGUCUUCGAAGCUUGGCGCUGAAGGCAGUGCUGGUACGGCGGCAGAGACCGAGCGGCUUGGGGCCAAGAUGGAAGAGGAAACCGAGCUCGACAUCCUACUUGCACGACAGCGGCGAGAGGCUAACGAUCGGUACUUUUCGAGAGUCAACCAGGGCGUCCUGGAUGUCGUGGCAAAACUAGACGAAGUCGCUCGCGCAAUGAGGGAGGUUGAGCAGGAGAGCAAGGACAUUUGGGAUGGCGGUGAAGGUGAUCACGAUAGCAACCACGAUCAGACAAGCAUGGCGAGUCAGAGGACUUGA